CUCAUUCCAAAGCCCUUCUUCUUCUUAUUCUUACUAAACAGUGAACGCGGCGAGCUCUCUUUCAUGGCUACCGAAGAGGAAUCAAUAGAACAAGCAGCUGCGUCACGUCGAGAGAGGCUUAGAGCUCUUAAAGCAGCUCAGGAACUGUUAAGUACCCCAGAUGAAGAUUCUGCUCAAGCUGCUGAAGACAAAACAAAUGAAACUGACGAAGAAAAUAAUUGCAGCAUGAAGUUUCGAAAUUAUGUACCUCAUGAUAAACAGCUUCAGGAGGGUAAAGUUGCUCCCCCGGUGCUGCCAAAGUUUGAAGAUCCUGUUGAAGUAGCACCUUCACCAUCAGAAGACAAAGAGGAUCCCUUUGUCAACAUUGCUCCCAAGAAACCAAACUGGGAUCUACGAAGGGAUGUGCAGAAGAAGCUUGAUAAGCUUGAAAGGCGCACACAGAAGGCAAUAUACAUACUUAUGGAGCAACAAGAACAGGAAAAACAGUUGGCUGAAGGUGGAAAUAACAUUGAAGACUAGAAUUAGAUCUGAAGCCAAAGAUUCGUAGAACUACUCUUAUCAUUAACUGCUUAGAAAUGGUGAUCUGUUGGAGCAGCUGAAUGAAAUACUUGUAGGAAAACAAUAUGUUAUUCAAUAGUGAAUUAGCCAACAGAAAACUGCUUGAAUCUUUUUGAGACUGAAAUAUGAUUCUAUUGUCAAUACCUGAGAUGCUUCAUCUAUACCUAGUUGCAUAAUCUGAAGGUGCCAGGUGUUUUGGUUCACCAGAAUUCUGAUUAGCACAAGUCAAACUCCAAAUGGUGUUUGAGUUGCUUUUCAAUUACACUACAAUUGCCAGAAUCCAUCUUUGUUUUA